UGUGUGCGCGGGCGAGUGUAUUUACACGCGUGUAUGUGCGGUCGCGUGUGUGUGCGAUUUCGCGUGCAUUUCGUAUUUCCGUCACAUUGACAUUGUUGUGUGUGCAUGUGUGACCGACGUAGACCAAACGGGGCAGUGCGUGGGAGAAAGAGCGAGACGGGACCCGCGGCGCCUAGAGAUCGAAAAGGAAACGAAAAGUGGGAAAAGCCCAUAAAAGUCGUCUCCGGAGCUGUAGAUCUCGUCGCGUCCUGUUUGUGACCGGCGAAAUUAUAAUUCUCGUGCGAGUGUGUGAAUAAUAUAGUAACAACAUAAAUUGUAAAACAUUAGUGAAAUUAUUUUUUUUUAGGUACCUAUUUAAUGUAAAUUUUAAGAAAAAAAUGAUUUGUUGAACCGUUCGCCCACGGCCAACGCUCAUCGAUUUUUAUUGCCUAUCGUUUGUCGCAAACGCCUUUGCGUAUCGUAACGACCGUCGUUCACGUGUGUAAAAAAUCGUUUUUCAUUGUCGGCGUACCUAUUUAUUGUUUUUUUUCUCCGUUAAUUAAUUUUAAUUUUCACGCGUCUAGUAGCCGCACCGUACCGCCAGUCUACAGAUCACCAGGUCGUUUAUUCUGGUCACCUUAAAGUAACAUGACCACUACUAAACGCUGCCCGGUAGCCGGAUUUGGCGUCUUGUAGACGCCACUGCAAAACGUCAUUCAUUCUCCAGAAAAUUAUCUGUACUAGUACCUACAUACAGGGACAACUACUACAGUCACCGAACAGAUCUUAAAGAAAAUAUAACAAUUAAAAAAAAAAAAAAUGGCACAACUAGUCUUAAACUUUAUCGACAGUUACCACGACAUAAUGGACAACAAAAGUGAUCCCAGAGUAAACGACUGGCCGAUGUUGUCCAGUCCAUUCCCGACGCUGUUUAUUUGUCUAUUCUAUGGUUACUUUGCCAAGACGCUCGGACCAAGACUGAUGGAAAACCGAAAACCUUUUCAACUUAGAAAAGUUCUCAUAGUUUAUAAUGCAAUACAAACGAUGUUCAGCGCUUGGAUAUUUUAUGAAUAUAUGAUGAGCGGCUGGGGAGGAUCGUACAGUCUAAAAUGUCAGCCGGUUGACUAUUCCUAUAGUCCGAUGGCCUUGCGAAUGGCCCAAACUUGCUGGUGGUAUUAUAUUUCUAAAUUCACAGAAUUUUUCGAUACGUUGUUUUUUAUACUUAGGAAGAAGAACCAACAAGUGUCGACGUUGCAUGUCAUCCACCAUGGAUGCAUGCCGAUGAGCGUCUGGAUGGGAAUGAAAUUCGCCCCCGGCGGCCACAGCACUUUCUUCGCGUUGCUCAACACGUUCGUGCACAUCGUUAUGUACUUCUACUACAUGGUGUCGGCGAUGGGACCUAAGUACCAAAAAUACAUUUGGUGGAAGAAGUAUCUCACCUCAUUCCAGAUGCUCCAGUUUGUGUGCAUUUUCGUCCACCAGUUCCAACUUUUGUUCCGCGAAUGCAACUACCCGAAGAGUUUCAUGGUUUGGAUAGGCCUGCAUGGCGUCAUGUUCUUGUUCCUGUUCUCAGACUUCUACAAAUCCAAAUACACUAGUGACGGUAAACGGAGACCUGCAAACGACGGAGCUUGUAUGCCGGUGGAGGGAGCGAGUUACAGCAAGUGUUCCUCCAACGAACACGACAACGUCGUGUACUAUUCGAACGGCAUCGUCAACGGUUUCAAAACGACUGAAGACGCCAAAACCAAAUAGUGAUGGGCCGAUACGAUUAAACGUUCCUAAUCGAAUAGAGGAGAACAGCUGGCGGAUAUAUGACACAAUCACCAAUAAUAUAAAGCACACUCAAAACAAAAUAAAAAUAUUGAAACACAAUAUAUAAUUAUAUAAAAAUUAUUGAAAAUGAAUUAUUUGAAGAAAAAAAAUGUCCAUAUAAUUAACUAAAAAAAUAUUUAAACGAAAAAAAAAAUUUAAAAAAACGAAAAAAUGUUUAUAUGAAGCAGUAAAACUUGGACUUAUACGCUGAUCGUCUGAGGUGUACAUGUAACAACAAAUCUAAUACGUAUAAACAAACAUAACUAAACUAAAACAAUAAUAUAUAUGGUAUGUAUAAUAUGCAUAUUAUGUACGAUACUGUAUAUUAUGCGUAUAAACAUAAAAUAUUUGAUUCUUUAGAUUCAAUAUCCAUUUAGAUUUUCAAUUUUAAUGUAGCGCAUUUUUUUUUUUAUAUAUACGAAUUUGUAAUUAACGGUUUUUUCAUUAUUGGAACCCAGUAUUAUUCGCGAAUUGGUGUGAAAACGUGUGCAAUGCUUGAAGUACUUAUAUAUAUUGUUAUCGGUAGGUAAAUUUCGGGGGAUGGGUAUAAGUAUAUUGUGUAAGUAUAGUACAUCGAAUAACAUUUUUUUUUUAAUUAUUAACUCGUACACUUCGUAAUAAUAUAUAUUAUAUACUUAACGUUCGAAUUAUAUAUACCCAUCCCGAUGGAAUUUUCUCUCUUGUUUUCACUCGAAAUAUAACUAAUACGAAUCAAUAAACUACACAAUAUUAUAUUGUAUAAAUAUAUUAAAAACGAAUAAGAUAAAACGGAGGAACAGUACAAACGAUAUUAAAUACACUAAUUAGGUAGAGUUAUUUUGGAAUUGUGUUACCUUUCGUAUAUAGAUUAUGUUAUUAUGAUAAUUUUAAAUUUUUAAAUUUAUAUUUUUUUCCUUGUUCCCAUAUAUUGUUGUGUACAAUAUGUAAUACAUACGGCAACGAAAAAUAUAAAUGUAGAACUCUCUAAGUAUAACCUUAUAUAUAGUGUCAACAAUGUAUAUGUAUGUAGAUUGUAAGAACGUGAGGCCAUCGUACUUUUCUGAAUCAGCGUGUUUUUUGUUUUUUUUUU